AUGGCGCCCGGGAUACGAAGACCAAACAUUAUAACUCGACGGAAGGAGAGCAAUGAACGCCUUGACAGACUUCAGAUGAACGCCAUCGAGAUUCCUUUCCUGAUGUAUAAAGGAGAAGUCAAAAAUGACUGGGACGGCGAAGUCUUUGACAGUCCUAAAGAUUUGAUACAGGGUCUACAGGACCGACUCAUUCAGGCGAUGGAAUCGAACCCUCUGGAACGACCGUGGACUGAAUUGUUGGAAACAACACAGGAUGCCUUGGAGGUCUUUGAGGACGUGGAUCAACGUGACGAGCAAUCUGGCUUACCGCGGCUGGCCGAUAUGGUCGGCUUCCUCUACAGAGAUGGUGCUCUUGCCCUGAUAAGCUCUUAUCGACAGGGACAAGGGAAAGGGGAUGAGGAACAACUGAAAACCCGUUUACAAGUUGCCAAAAGUGCCACCAGAAAGUUCAAAUUUGCGGUCAAGGUUUACCGUCGUCGGCAAGUUUUAGUCGACGAAGAGCUCGCAAGUCGAGAUUCUCUGACUCCUGCCCAACAGGCCAUAACUUGGAGCGACGACAAGAGAGUAUCGACGGUCACACUGAGUGGGAGCACUCCGCAGGCGAACCGCAUGAACAAUGACCCUGUCAACCCAGCCGUGGUGGUGGUUGGUGAUGGCCCUGAUGCCUUGCUUGACACCUCCUCCGACGUCUCGAUGGUUGAUGGCGAUGACCAGAAUGAUGAGGAGGAGGAGGGUGGUGAGGAGGGUGGUGAGGAGGGUGAUGAAGAGGAGGGUGAUGAAGAGGAGGGUGAUGAAGAGGAGUGUGAUGAGGAGGAGAGUGAUGAGGAAGAGGAUGACGACCUGAACCCCAAGGAUAGCCCGGAUGAAAUGCACCAACAAUCCCCCACACCCCAAGUGUCUAGGAGUGCCUAUAAAGUGCUACUGGUAGAUCAGGUUCCUGUUACAGCAGCUACUUCCCUUGUUGGUGCGAGCAAUACUUCUAUCGAUCAUGAGGUUCUGGAAAAUAUUGCUCUUAGUUUUGGUACUAUUCACAGCGUUGCCAGCGGCGCCGGCGGUCAGGGAGGAACCCAAGCAGGUGCUGAUGAUAAUGACUCUGGCCAUCUUGACACUUAUAUUUUGAGCUCACCGGGACCAGAAUCUUUUCCUGGGGGGGUCCCUUCUGAAAACCAAGGCGAGAAGGCUGAUGAAUCGUCAGUCAUGCAAGGACAAAUGGGAACUGAUAAAGUUAGGGAAAGUGUCGACUGGGCAGUUAUGAUGUCCUCACCACACAGCAAGUUCGUUCUUCGCCAGACCUGA